UAGCAAACCCAACAUAUGCUUUCUUCCUCGAAAUUGCUUUUGAGGCCCCACACUUCACUUUUCCUCCUUUCACUUUUCUCCUUACAAUUUUACCUUUAUGAAUUAAGCUUUGUACAUAAAACAUGGCAAACAAGAUAUUAUCCACCGGAAUUCCUUACAAAACCCUCCCCGAAAGCUACAUCCGACCCGAAAAUGAGAGGCCCAACUUAUCUCAAGUCUCCGAUUGCGAGAAUGUCCCUGUUAUUGACUUGGGUGCCAAAGACCGUACUCAAACAAUCCACCAAGUCUUCAAUGCUUGUAAAAAUUACGGGUUUUUCCAGGUGAUUAAUCAUGGGGUGUCAAAGGAAUUAGCGGAGAAGAUGCAAAAGGUAGCUCGAGAGUUCUUCGAUAUGUCGGUUGAGGAAAAAAUGAAAUUAUAUAGUGACGAUCCAACUAAAACACUAAGAUUGUCUACAAGUUUUAACGUUAACAAAGAGGAAGUUCAUAAUUGGAGAGAUUAUCUUAGGCUCCAUUGUUGGCCUCUUGAGCAAUAUGUCCCCGAAUGGCCUUCUAACCCCCCUUCCUUCAAGGAAAUAGUGAGCAAGUACAUAAAAGAAGUUAGGGAACUUGGUUUCAGAGUCCAAGAACUAAUAUCAGAGAGUUUAGGGUUGGAGAAAGAUUACAUAAAGAAUGUCCUAGGAGAUCAAGGACAACACAUGGCUCUUAAUUAUUACCCUGAGUGCCCGGAGCCAGAGAUGACAUACGGGUUGCCGGGUCAUACUGACCCUAAUGCCCUUACCAUCCUUCUCCAAGACUUGCAAGUAUCUGGCCUUCAAAUUUUUAAGGAUGGUAAAUGGCUUGCUGUCAAACCUCAACCUGAUGCUUUUGUCAUUAACAUUGGUGAUCAAUUGCAGGCAUUAAGUAACGGUAUAUACAAGAGUGUAUGGCACAGAGCAGUUGUGAACACAGAUAAGCCAAGAUUAUCAGUAGCUUCAUUCCUCUGCCCCGCCAAUGAUGCGUUGAUAAGCGCGCCAACACCUCUGACCGCCAACGGAUCACCGGCUGUAUAUAGAGACUAUACGUAUCCUGAGUACUACAAGACUUUCUGGAGUAGGAACUUGGACCAAGAGCACUGCUUGGAGCUUUUUAAAAACCAAACCUAGCUAAUAUAUAAUCAUGUUUUUAAAAACCAGUUUGUACUUUUGUAGGCAGCAAUAAGUAUAUUCCACUGUUUGGUGGAGUAUAUUACAUGUAUUAUCCAGUUUUUUUUUUUUUUUUUUUGUUUUGUUUUUUUUUUUUUCCCGGUAGGUAAGAAGAAGGCCUUACCAGGCUGGAACCUCGUACGGGUCAACCUGGCCCAGGUUAGCAGGGGCCUAUUUGAGAGUGUGGUUUCGUCAUGUAUCUUGUUGUUAGUAAACUACUAUCGCUUUGUAAUGUUUAAGUGAUGAAAAUUGUAAUAGUAUGUGUAUGACGCUUGUAGAUAAAUAGUCUACCUUUGAAUAAAAUUUGUGUUAGUUAUUCA